AUGUCAGCCCCGUGGGCUGGAGCGGGCCAGGCCACCUUUGAACCUCUGCAGCAGUGGCAACAGGAGAAACACACAAUAACUGACACAUUUCUGGAAAAAUCAUUUGCCCAAAGGGCAGGUCUCGGUGAACCGGACCCUCACGCGUGCUCAGCUUCCUUGAAAUCAGCUCCAUCUCUGUGGUCCGGCUGCUUACAACAAAGGCCCAGGUUAUUUUUAGACCUUCAGCUCCUGAAAAAAGCCCCCCGGAGGCCUGGAGGCUCCAACCACUUGGGCCACCUCUGCCUGGCUGUGGCCUUCUCGCCAGGACUUGGCAAGAGCCCUCCUUCCUGGCUAAUUGCUCUUGGCCAGUGGACCUGGGGCAGCCUGGUGGGGAGCCAAGCUGUGUGGGUCUCUCUGCAGGGUGCCCUGUGGCCAGAGGUGGAGGUCAGCCUCCUGCAGGGGCCUGUGGCCUCAGAGGGAGUUACACGGGGACAUAAUGAUCUCGUUUGA